AUGAGUGCUCAGACUCCACCCACACUCCUGAAUCUGGCAAGGCAGGCUCUGCUGAGAGAUGAGACCUUGGACAUGUCAGCUCUGGACAAACUGCCCAUGGAGCUCUUGCCAGCACUGUUCAAGGAGGCUUUGACUGGCAGACACGCUACAACUGUGAAGGCAAUGGUGGCAACCUGGCCUUUCCCUUAUCUUCCUGUUGGGGCAUUGAUGAAGACCCCUGACUUGGAAACCUUCCAGGCAGUUCUAGCAGGAGUAGACAUGCAGCUGCAAAGAAAGUUUCACUCCAGGAGGGGAAAACUUCAGGUUCUUGACCUGAGGAAGAAGCACCAUGAAUUCUAGAGCAUAUGGGCUAGUGCAGAGGAUGGUAACUGCUCACCAGAGACCCCAGAGGAGCAUCAAGUAGUGAAGGUCCUUCCCAGAUAUGCACUGAGGCGGCACCUGAAGGUGGUAGCUGACCUUUGGUUCAGUCCAUGUAUAGAUGAAGAACAAACAUGCUUAUUGAAUUGGGCCCAGCUGAGAAAGGGCUCUGUCCAGUUCUGCUGUAUGAAGAUGAAGAUCUGGGCUCUGCCUUUGCAUGUUACCCGAGGGGUCUUCAAUGUUUUACAUCCAGAGCACAUCGAGGAUUUGGAACUGAUCAUGAUCAGUUGGGAUGUUUUAAAGCUGUCACAACUUGCUCCUUCCCUGGGCCAGAUGAGAAAUCUUUGCAAACUCAUCCUGGCACCCAUCAUCAAGAAUGUUUUCAUGAUUGGUAACAGGGCAAGAGACAGAGAGGAGAAUUGUGUCAGGAAGUUCAUUUCUCAGUUCUCCAAACUCAACUGUCUCCAGCAUCUCUCCAUGAAUGGCAUCUACUUUCUUAGAGAUCACCUGGAUCAGAUUCUUGGGUGCCUGAUGACCCUGUUGGAGACCUUGUCCAUCACCUACUGUAGCAUUUCACAGUCAGGCCUGAAUUACUUGUCCAGGUGCCCAAAGCUCUUUCAGCUGAAACAUCUGGACAUGAACUAUGUGGGCUGAAAGGAUUUGGACCUUAUGCCUCUCCAAGUCCUCCUAGUGAAUGUGGCAGAUACUUUGCUGUCCCUGGACUUGAAGGCUUGUAAGAUGAAGGACUCUCAGCUCACUGUGCUCAUACCUGACCUCAGCAAGUGCUCCCAGCUGGCCAAGGUCAAUUUCUAUAGCAAUGACUUCUCCAUUCCCAUCCUCAGGGACCUUUUGCAGCACACAGCCAACUUGAGCAAGAUGAAUGUGGAAGUGUACCCUGCCCCUCUCGAGUGCUAUGAUGACUUCGGUUAUGUUUCCACAGAGAGAUUUGUCCAACUCUGUGCAGAGCAAAUAGAUAGACUCAGGGCCAUAAGACAGCCCAAGUACAUCUCCUUUGCUACAAAUAUGUGCCCUAGAUGUGGAGGGCCCUGUGUCUAUGACCAAGGAUUCAGACUCUGUCGUUGCCAGCAGAGGUGA